UCACUGCCUGUUUUUUCUCCUAUUUGCGAAAAUUCGAAUGACUGAUCAUUGACGAAUUUAUCGAUAAGUUUAUUCUAUCAAAAUUUCAGUACUGUUGAAGAAAUGUUGGAAAAAAUUGUUCAAUUGACGAAGCUACGAACACAAUCGAACGGUUUUUUCUUCCAUCGUCUGAAAUGACGCGGUUUAGCACUUCUUCUAAGGAACGUUACUUGAGAAACUCUGUUCAGUGUUUUAGAAAUGUUACGAAUACGAUUUUGAAUCUUUUGACAAUCACAAAAAUAAAUAUUAUCAACACUUUUUUAACGCAUUAAGUGUGUAUCAUUUCGGAGAAUAAAAAUGGGUAAUGUUCAAAAAUUUAUUGAAUUUUAACAGAUUUUUGUGCUACUGCACAGGUUUGAAUUCCGGUCCAAUGAAUUGUUCGGCGAAGAAAUAUUUUGAACGGGGGCCACAGAAGCGCAUAAUUCUCAGUUAAUUUAUUCUCUCCAUACUUCGAUAAUCAACUAAACGCUCGAAUUCUCGCAGGAUCUUUUAUUUUCGGGCAAAAAGAGCUCGAUCGAACGAGGUUUUAUUGAACUUGACUAAUUGAUAAAUGCAUUUGCCCCGCAUUUAUCGUCCCAAUAGUAAUUGUACAGUGGGGUUCAUUAAUGUCCAUCGAUUGAAGAGAUGACUGAUGGGACAAGUAACGCAAGCACUGAUGAAAAUCUGCACGUUUGUGAGCUCGGGUGCAUAAAGUUCUGAAAAUGAGUAAGAGUAACGAGACGACUGGUGUUUUUCGCAGGACUCGCAAACCGCGAUAAGAAAUCGAUAAAUCUGUGGCUCGCUUGCGAUUUGGCAGAAUCGUUUGAACUCUUAUUCCUCACGGGAGACUUUAAUAGCGGAAAUCGAGCACAAAUGCAAUUCGCUGGCUGCAGGAACUCGCGCGGGUCGAGGAAGAGCGAUAAGCGCCUGAUUUUGCGGGAAUAAAUGGUGCCCCUCUGGCAGCUGGAAGAACCACUUGUACGAGACGCGGUGACACGCGCACCUGUUUCUCUCAUCAAGCGUCGAAUUAGUAUCGAUUUUUCUCAAAAGCGUGAUCAUGCUGAAUGAGAGAAAAAUGUACAAAACACAUUCGACACUCAUUGCUUUGGCGAUGCUCUCGGCGAGCUGUUUCCACAACGCCAUGGCUGUCCAUGCUCCGGCGGACGCACAAGAGCAUCAACACGGUGGUCAUCCUCAUCGUCGAGCCAAAGAAAAUCCAGUUAACUCCGUCCCGAGCUCUAGCUCCGGCGACGGAUCAUCAGCGCCAUCGAGUCUGACCGAACCCCUGUUCGUGGAUCUCUCAGGGAUGCUCAAAGAUCUCGCUGUUAAGUACAACAUCUCAAACUACCCGAGAAACAACAGCAAAACGGAUUCCCGUCGAUCAUUGGCAGGGAAGAAACGCGCUGCUCGUCCCGGUUGCUGCGGUUGAUUCCGCACCGAGACCUGUCAAGACAAACUUGAAUAACGUCGAAAAAUCAGCAAUAUUCUCGCGCUUGUAAUAGACCAAUGAAUCUAAUAAAA